AUCAAACACUGCGAACAACAGAGGAGCAGCCAUCCGUCUAAGUGAAAUGCAAAAGAAGUGAGAAUGGGGUUCACAUUGCUACAUUUGCUUCUUUGGCUUCUUGCUGCGUUCACUAUCACAACACAAGAGGUGUUGAAACUAAGUGUCAGUCCCAAGAUUUCUGCAGAGUGUGGCCAACCCGUUACUCUCCACUGUAACGUUUUGUCUUCUCAACAUGGACUUUCCAUCAAACAUAUGGAGUGGUACCAAAACAGUAGCUGGUAUUGUUCUGUGGACAGCGAGGAAAGGAUAACACAAAACCAGCACAUUCACAGUAACUUCCACUGUGAGUAUCAACUGGGGCGACUGUCACUCAUCUUUGAAAAUGUACAGCCGACUGAGAGUGGAAAAUCACAUCACUUUGGGUGUAAACUACAAUCAAACAAAGGAGCUCAACAUGGAAGUACAACAGUGGAGUUACAAGAGUGCUGUGAUCUCAUUGAGGGUGUGAUGAACAAUGGCAAACCCACCUGCACUUUCAAGUGUGCCAACCAGGACGUAGAUGUGCACUGGUUUCACCACUCUCGCUAUCUCAAACAUGGACAACACACCAGGAGAUCUAAAGAACCAGGGGGUUGGUGGACUAUCGAGAGUCACCUCGAGUCCAAAAGUUCAGUGGUGCCCUACAACUGUUCUGUGAGGAGCACCAGAACUUAUAGAUAUCUAGCCAGCACUGUGAUUGAAAAUGGCAGUUCAAAUGAAAACACAAAACUACAGGGACAUAUGAGGACAGUUUUGUUCUUUUCAGUCUUACUUGUUGUCAUGGUGAAGUAAUGUAGAAAACCACAUUCAUAAUUGAGUGUAAUCAACGAGAUAAGCAUGACUGUGAUGGAUGAGGAAUAAUGAGGUACUAACUUUUGUUUUGAUGAAGCAUUGGCACACCCAGUUAAGCCAGUUAUGUUGCAUAUUUCUGAGUUUAGAGAAGCUCAUUUGGCCUCUUUUUUACCAAGAAUACUUUCAGUAAAGUUUAUCUGUAAUCAUUUUUAUUUCAUUUUUCUUCAUUUUAAAAGUAUGAAAUAGGACCACAUUGGUCACGCUAAACCAUCCCACAUUGCUCUAAGGCUAUCCAAUAGCAUAGUUUGCCAGCUAACCAAUGGCAUAAAAACAAGAUUAAACGUAUUUUAAUGUAUUUCAAAAGUUGUGAAAUAGCAUUCAAAUCACUGUGCAGCUGUUUAAUAAUGAAUUUUAUUGUAAAAUGUGCUAACAGGAGGUUGGUGGUCAUACCAGAUACACUGUAAGACAGAACAGUAGAAGGCUGUCAAAAACAUUAAGCUGUGUUAAUCUUAAAAAAUCCCCAAAAAGUUAUUUCAGCUCUAGUUUUCUGUGUUGACAGAACAAAUUUUAAGUUUUAAGUAAACAGUUCUCAAUCACUUUAAGUAUUUUUUUUGUCUUUGUACAAAAAUUAUUUGCCAAUCAUUCCUUAAUUUUAGACACUUUUGCACCAUGUUUGAAGUUACUGACUCAGUUAGAGGAGUCAGUGGUGAGCAAUCCCAAAAUACUGUGAUAGAUACUGAACAUGAUGAAGGAGGACUUCCUGGCUCAGUGUGCACCUCUCGGUAAUUGAAACACUUUAUAAUAAGUACUUUAGCAAGUUUUGAGUUGGAUAACAACAGAAUUUUAAGUGUAACUGUUAACUGUUAACUUUAAAAAGUUAAUUUAACCCAACAUAAAUGUACUAGUAAAACCCAGCUGAUUUGACUUAAAAUGGCUAAGUGCCUCCUUCUAAACAAUGUUUUUUCAGUGAGUGUAACUUAAUUUUUUUUUUAUGUAAUCAGUUACCUCUAAUAUUUGGAGUUCUAUUAACUUAACUUAUAUUUUAACUUAAACUUAAACAUGUAUUUCCACUACUUAAACACUUCAAUGUAAUCUGUUUUGAUAAAUAUUUUAAAUAUGUUUAACUUGUUUGGUUUUACAGUGUAGUUGUCGGCUUUCCUAUCACAGCAUGGCCUGGAAAUACAUAAAUGAUAAAGACAUGUGAUGAUAAGAUGAUAUUCUGUAGUGGGAUGUAGCCAUUCUUAAGCUUAGUGUGCAGUAUGCUGGAUAUACAGUAUGUCUGAGUAUGUGGUUUCAGACACAGCCAUUGUGUGUCAGGUUUUUUGAAGUAGUUUUUACUGGCUGUGUUUGAUUCAUUGUGUAAAUGGAGACACGCUGUGAAAAGGAAGAUUAGGGCACUGUUUUGGUUUUAAUGCAAUAACUACUCAUUCUUCCCCAUUAAAUGAGAUGUUUUUAAUUUUGGAUUCAUUGAUGGAUUUUAUGUGUGUCUGCUAUGCAGAUGGAUGUUUUCUGCUAAAGAGAAAAUCAUUUCCUCUUGAACCAACUGAAUUUCCUUCAGAGAGUCGUUGAGUGCAAAUGAUCAGUCAGCUGUACACAGGAACUUUGAGCCAUGCAGCAACUCUGCAUGGUUUGUUGGUGAAUGCUUCCCUCUAGUGGGUUUGCUGUGAUCAGUCAGUCUUGUAUGUAAAGCCUCAUCGAAGCUCAAGCUCAUCGAACACAAAAUGGGAGAACUAAAUGUGUUUUGCUAUA